AUGAUAGAUGACCUUGCUCUUCUUAUAAAGAUUAGAAAACAUUUACAAAAGACAGAUCAUAUUAAACUUAACAUUGGCAUUAAAGGGCAACCUGGCACUGGUAAAUCAACAUUUGUUAAUGCUUUCAGGGGGUUAGAUAACAGUGAUGAGGGAGCUGCACCUACUGGGCGUGGAAACACCACCAUAAAUCCCACAUCAUACUGUCAUCCAGACUACCCUAAUGUCAUCUUAUGGGAUCUCCCAGGAAUUGGUUCAAAUAUGUGGCCCGCAGAUACAUACGUAGAACGUGUUGAAUUAGAGAAAUUUGACUUCUUCAUCAUCAUCUCAGCUGAUCGAUUCAGAGAAAAUGAUGUAAAACUGGCAAAUGAGAUUCAGAAGAUGGGAAAGAAGUUCUACUUUAUUCGCUCAAAGAUCAACCAUAACUUACGGGAUGAAGGACGAAGUCGGACAGAUUUCAAUGAAGAGAAGACUCUACAAACCAUCAUGGAGGACUGCAUUCAAGGACUAAAUGAGCUGGGAAUAGAGUCUCCUCAGGUUUUCCUUCUGUCCAUGCCUGAUCUCAAACAGCAUGGUUUAAAGGAAUUAAAGAGCACAUUUGAGAAAGAACUUCCUGAACUCCAGAGGAAGACUCACCGUUUGGCCACGAGGAAACUUUUGAUGCAAAUUUUAAACAACAACACAGAAAGCUUUGGGGACAAAAUGAUCAUUUACUUUAUUCUCUUAGCUCUUGAACCAUUUCUGGUGGGCGAGGGCAACAAAAAGUCUCUGGAGGCAGACGAGGAAGAGUCUCUGGAGGCCGGCCAUUGGGCCAGAGGCGAGGAAGAGGCUCUGGAGGCCAGCUGCGGGGCCGGAGGCGAGGCAGAGGCUCUGGAGGUCGGCCGCGGGGCUGGAGGCGAGGCAGACACUCUGGAGGUUGGCCGCAGGGCCGGAGGCGAGGCAGAGGCUCUGGAGGCCGGCCGCUGGGCCAGAGGAUAG